AUGGGGUUGGUUGAUAAAACUUUGUUCACCCUUGGAUAUGGUAAUGAUUUACUACCUAUUCAGAUAUACGUGGAUGAUAUUGUUUUUGGUGGAUCUUCGCAUGCUCUUGUGCUCAAGUUUGCAGAAACUAUAAGUAAGGAAUUUGAUAUGUCAAUGAUAGGUGAGAUCAACUUCUUCCUUGGACUUCAAAUAAAACAAUACAAGCAAGAUACAUUUGUCUACCAGACGAAGUACACUAAGAAUUUACUAAAGAAAUUUGACAUAAGUGACGCGAAGCCCCUAGCGACACCAAUGGCUACCUCGAUCAUGCUUGAUCCGGAUGAAAAUGGAGAGAAGGUAAACCAGCGGGAGUACAGGAGCAUGAUUUGCUCCCUCCUAUACCUGACGGUGAUAAGACCUGACAUUCACUUUGUCGUCUACUUGUGUGCCCGCUUCUAA